UCGUCAGUCGUGAACGGUGACUCGAAGAGGUCGCUCGACGGCACUUUAUUUCCAUGUUCUUUCGUGUGUGAAGUGACUAUCGCUCAGUUCUUCUGCAGUCCCACCUGCCAGGAUUCCCCGUGACCACCGAGGUCUGCAUAUAGAAUCAUUCUGUGAUUAGGAUCAUAUUCUUCAGCAAAGAUAACACUGAAGAAGUUCUAUGCAAUUCAAGGUCACGCUCAAGAAUUGGUUGUAACGGCAUUUGGAUAUAAGAUUGCGAACGCUCUUUUCGCGGUGAAGAAAGUGAUUUCCAGAGAAAAAUAAUGACACGAGGCGUUCUUCGACUUUGCACGCUCAGCGGUGAGCAUUUGCUGCGCAUCCCGCGACCAAUCCAUCCGCUGCGACUCUUUUCGGGAUCUGUGAAGCUCCUGCAGAAGGAUGGGAAGCCCGUGGAGGCUGUGAAGGGGAUUGCCUACAAAAAUCUCACAAUUGGCUGUCCCAAAGAGCGAUGGAAUAAUGAGAGACGUGUGGCCAUGACGCCUGCCGUGGCGGCGACGCUGGUCAAGAAGGGAUUCAACGUGAAUGUGGAAUCCGGAGCGGGAUUCGAGGCGAAGUUCCGCGAUGAUGAAUAUGUUCAAGCUGGCGCUAAGAUUGUGGACUCCAAAGUCAUCUACAAUUCGGACAUUCUGCUGAAAGUUCGUCAGCCAACGAAUGAAGAAGUGCCACUGCUGAAGCCCGAUUCCACCCUCAUUUCCUUCCUCUAUCCGGCACAAAAUAAGGAUCUUAUGAAUGAACUUGGCAAGAGGAAAAUCAACGCAUUUGCCAUGGAUUGCAUUCCACGAAUUUCUCGAGCACAAGUCUUCGACGCACUGAGUUCAAUGGCCAACAUUGCUGGCUAUCGAGCUGUCAUUGAGGCCGCCAAUCACUUCCCGCGCUUCUUCACGGGACAAAUCACGGCGGCCGGCAAGGUUCCGCCGGCUAAGAUCCUCGUGAUCGGCGGUGGAGUGGCUGGAUUGGCGGCAAUUGGUCAGGCUCGUGGCAUGGGUGCCAUUGUGAGGGCUUUCGACACGCGUUCCGUGGUGAAGGAGCAGGUGGAGAGCAUGGGCGCGGAGUUCCUCACCAUUGACAUCCAGGAGGAGGGCGGCACCGCCGGUGGCUACAGCAAGGAGAUGAGUCAGGCCUUCAUCGACGCCGAACACGCACUGUUCGCCAAGCAGUGCAAAGAGGUUGAUGUCAUCAUCACCACCGCCCUGAUUCCCGGCAAGAAGGCACCCGUGCUGAUCCUGGAGGAGCACGUGAAGUCCAUGAAGCCCGGCAGUGUGAUUGUGGACUUGGCGGCCGAGGCGGGCGGCAAUGUGGCCACAACGGUGCCUGGGCAGGUGAAGGUGGUGCACGAUGUGGUUCACGUGGGCAUCACAGAUCUGGCCAGUCGUCUGCCCACGCAGAGUUCCACCUUGUAUGCCAACAACAUCAGCAAAUUCCUCCUGUCCAUCGGCGAACAAAACCACUUCGACAUUCGCCUGGAGGACGAAGUUGUCCGUGGCUCGAUUAUCCUGAAGAAUGGCGAACUCAUGUGGCCACCGCCAGUCAUUCCCGUCUCCGCUCAGCCCGCCGCGGCUCCUGCGGACACCAAAGCGCCCGCCAAGGCGGAACCCGUGCCAGAGGAUCCCUUCCAGAAGCAACUCAAGUCCAGUCUCACGUACACAGCGGGUCUGGGGACAUUGCUGGCUCUCGGCGUGGCUUCUCCGAAUCCCGCCUUCACGACCAUGAUGACCACUUUCGGUCUGUCCGGCAUCGUGGGCUAUCACACCGUGUGGGGCGUGACACCGGCUCUCCACUCGCCCUUGAUGUCCGUGACGAACGCCAUCUCGGGCAUCACUGCCGUGGGAGGAUUGCUGCUGAUGGGCGGCGGCGUGACGCCCUCGAACACGAUCGAAUCGCUGGCAGCUGGAGCUGCUCUCAUCUCGUUCAUCAACAUCUUCGGCGGCUUCCUGGUCACACAGCGGAUGCUGGACAUGUUCAAGAGGCCCACAGAUCCACCAGAGCACAACAUGCUCUUCGGCAUUCCAGCCGCCGUCUUCCUGGGCGGCUACGGAUACGCCGCCAUGACCGGCUUUCCGGAGAUCCACCAAAUGGCUUAUCUGGCGUCCAGUUUGUGCUGCGUCGGCGCCUUGGCUGGACUCUCGUCGCAGAAGACAUCGCGUCUGGGCAACACUCUGGGCAUGAUUGGCGUCACUGGCGGAAUUGCCGCCACUCUGGGCUACAUGGCGCCUUCCACGGAUGUGCUGAUGCAGAUGGGCGGCGUGGCGGCUUUGGGCGGCGGCCUGGGCAGCAUCAUCGCCAAGAGGAUCCAAAUCACAGAUCUGCCUCAGCUUGUGGCUGGUUUCCACAGUCUGGUGGGUCUGGCGGCGGUGCUGACGUGCGUCGCCACGUACAUGCACGACUUCCCCACUCUGGCCACAGAUCCGGCGGCCAAUGUGCUGAAGACGGCGCUCUUCCUCGGCACCUACAUCGGUGGCGUGACCUUCAGUGGCUCGCUGGUGGCCUAUGGGAAGCUGCAGGGCAUCCUCAGCUCAAAUCCUCUUCUCCUGCCCGGCAGACACUUGAUCAACGGCGGUCUGCUGGCCGGAAACGCCCUCGCCAUGGGCAUGUUCUUCAUGGAGCCCACGAUGGCCGGCGGCCUGGGUCUGUUGGGCGCCACAUCGCUCAUGUCCACCGCCAUGGGAGUCACUCUCACGGCGGCCAUUGGCGGCGCCGACAUGCCCGUGGUCAUCACCGUGCUCAACUCCUACUCCGGCUGGGCGCUCUGCGCCGAAGGGUUCAUGCUCAACAACAAUCUGAUGACAAUCGUGGGUGCGCUGAUCGGAUCGUCCGGAGCCAUUCUGUCCUACAUCAUGUGCAAGGCCAUGAAUCGCUCGCUGCCCAACGUCAUCCUGGGCGGCUACGGCACGCUGUCCACGGGCGGCGGCAAGGCCAUGGAGAUCACGGGCACGCACACGGAGGUGAAUGUGGACGGAUGCGUGGAUAUGAUCAAGAAUGCGAAGAACAUCAUCAUCACGCCCGGUUACGGGCUGUGCGUGGCCAAGGCGCAGUAUCCCAUCGCCGAGAUGGUGUCCAUUCUCAAGGGCAAGGGCAAGAAGGUGCGCUUCGGCAUUCAUCCCGUGGCGGGCAGAAUGCCCGGACAGCUGAACGUGCUGCUGGCCGAGGCGGGCGUGCCCUAUGACGAUGUGCUGGAGAUGGAGGAGAUCAACGAUGACUUCACGGACACGGAUCUCGUGCUGGUGAUUGGCGCCAAUGACACCGUCAACAGUGCCGCUGAAGAUGAUCCCAACUCCAUCAUUGCCGGAAUGCCGGUGUUGAGAGUGUGGAAGGCCGAUCAGGUCGUCGUGAUGAAACGAUCGCUGGGCGUUGGCUAUGCUGCCGUGGACAAUCCCAUUUUCUACAAGCCAAACACAUCAAUGCUGUUGGGCGACGCCAAGAAGACUUGUGAUGCACUCCUGACGAAGAUCAAGGAGGAUCACUAGGAGAUUUGUGUACAAAAGAACUCCCAAUUUUACACCCUUUUUCCUCCCCAUAAAAGUUCUUCCUCAACACAAGAAAAUUCAAUCGUCUACUGUAGAUUUUCAUAUUAGAGAGAUUGGAUGUAAAUUAUAAAUAUAUUUUAUACACAACUUU